AUGGCAGCCACAGCAAAUAGGCAGCUAUUUCGUCAUCUCCUCAGGCUAUCUCGAUUCAACAAGUACAAUCCUAUCUUUACGACUUUCGCCGGAGCGUGGUCCGUGUUGUUGGCAGGCGCGGCCGAACUCGCUGAUCAACGCUCGGCAACUUCGCCUGCCUUCGUCUUUCGACAGACUACUUUAUGCUUCCUUGCCGCGUACCUGUUUUGCGGUGCUGGCAUGGUUUGGAACGACUGGAUUGAUCGAGAUAUUGACGCCAAUGUUUCUCGCACCAAGGACCGUCCCCUGGCAUCGGGUAAGGUCACCACGACUGAGGCCAUGAUAUGGAUGGUAUUACAAGCGGCCCUGUCUUGGGGUGUGCUUGAAGUACUUCUCGGUGGCAAGGACGUAUGGAAACAUUUCGUGCCCGUUAUGGUUGCAUCAAUUCUUUAUCCAUUUGGUAAACGACCGGUCGCCCGGACGCUGCGUAUCUACCCACAGUACAUCCUGGCUCUUACGAUCGCCUGGCCCGCCAUCCCAGGACGGGCCGCCAUUUACGGCCAACACGAAUCCUUCUCCGAGACAGCCCACCAGUGCCUGCCUCUCUGCAUCAUGGUAUUCUUCUGGACCAUUUACCUGAACACGGCAUAUAGCUAUCAGGACGUGGUUGACGAUCGAAAGUUGAACUCCGAUCCUAGCGUGCUUGCCUCUAUACCUUGCUGA